AUGUUGGUGAGUUUCGUUCUUACGACGAUCAUUUUCUUAUCAUCGGUCAGUUCGUCAGCUGCGGCAAUUGGCAGUACGUAUCGAAUGAUAGGAGAGCCAAAUAAGUCCACAUGCUUUGUUUCCGAACCUUCUACAGUAAUAACCAACAUCCGAUCCUUACUGGAAUGUUCCAGCAAAUGUUCUCAUCAUGUCUCUCUCGUUGAUAAUGACACCGCCACUUGCAACGCGUUCAACUACAUAUCCAAGAACGCCAGUGAUCCAGCCAAAUAUUGCCAACUCUUUAACUUCAAUUGUGGAUUUGAAUUCGAAAUGAUUUCUAACAUAUCCAAUUGUCAAGCUUACGAGGCAAAUGAAUCCACGAAAGGCAGAGUUUUGACAAUGACUGCGGACAACCAAUUAAAAGAAUUCUAUGUGAACGGAAACAACAUAUCUGUGGACCCGACAACCUUUCCAAAUGCAAACAAGUGGAACCAACCUGACACGUACAACUUAACAUGUCGAGUCAUCUAUACCCUUGCAGUCAAAGCCUGGAACAAUUACAUUAAAGGUGGUUUCAUAGCCAACACGGCGGACCACUACAUCUUGACCAACAGUACCUGGAAAUGUUCGAUGAACUACACGGAGAAUUGGUACGAAAUAGAUUUUGACGAUUCACUAUGGCCUGCUGCAUAUUACGGCAAAUGGCAAGGUGAUAGCAAGUUAAAACCACCGAUCAAGGAUGCGUGGGAGCAGUAUUGUUAUUUAAAGUUAGUAAAACUCAGUUUUGGCAAAAAAUAG